AAACAGUUGAAGUUUCUGAGAAUUCGAGGCUACAAACGUGAUAAGAUCUGGAUAACAUGUUGGGAGUAAUCUUAGACGUAACCAUAGCAACAGCGUCCACAGCACAACACAGACCUAUUUCCUCGAAGAUGUUCAAAUUGGUGGUGUUGUGCGCUCUCGCAGCCGUGGCGGCAGCCAAGCCCGGUCACCUUUUGGCGCCCACCCUGUACAGCAGCGCCGUGGUAGGUUCAGUGCCGACCAGCGUCAGCCACCAGAGCAGCUCGGUGGUUCACAGCGCAGCCCUUGUCAGCCCAGUAGUUCAUUCGGCCCCGCUUCUGCACGCAGCUCCUAUUGUCCACACAGCCCCCAUAGUUCAUUCAGCUUACACGGCUCCCCUGGUUCAUGGUUAUGCUGCCCCAGGACUGCUGGGACAUGGAGUUUUUGCUGGGCAUUAUUAGGAGACAUUUAGAGUUUUGUGGAGGAGACAUGGAAGGAUGAGUUUUCGAAAUUUUAUUUAUCAUGGACAGUGCCAAAAUUAUUAUUGUCAAUAUGUUUAUAGUAGUCGACGCCAUUUAUUUGCAAGAAUAAUAUAAAAUUAAGAAUACAAACGUUUAUAUUUAUUUGAUUUCGUCAUAUCUAUUAUAA